UCCUCCCCUUUGCCUCCACCCACCUCCACCUUCAUGCGAGCUCCUCUCCGUCGGCCUGUAUUGUGAUCACAGCACGUGCGCGGUGAGCACGUCCCCCUCUGAGGCUCCACAGGUGGUCACAGACGCUCAUUCCUACCCGAGCAAACCAGAGGAACCACCACCGUCCCCCAAGGCGCUUCGGCACAUUAUCUAAAGUUGGAGAUCCAUUGACAGACAAAUCCAGUGCUGUCGGACGAAUUAGUAACGGGAGUUUUCGGAUACCAUCACUGGGCAGGCCUUUGAGCGUCUACGAUAUUGGGUUUGAGCUGAAUUGUCGCUGCUUUGACCGGUGGCUCUGAGCGUUGUGGUACUGCAGGUGUCUGCUCGCUACUGUUACCCCCUUGGAUUUAGACGGAGGGCGUACGGAUCGUCUAGACGGAUGGCGCUGACGGUUAGCCUGAUGGGACCGUCUCCGUGGGGCUUCAGGAUCUACGGGGGCAGGGACUUUAAGAAGGCCAUCACAGUAUCCAAGGUCAACGGGGGCAGCAAGGCGGAGCAGGCGGCCCUUCAGCCCGGUGACAUCAUCCUGGAGAUCAACGGGCAGAAUACGGCGGACAUGCUGAACGUGGAGGCCCAGAACAAGAUCAAGAACUCCAAGACCCAGCUGCAGCUGGUGGUGGAGAGACCCGUUCCCGAACAGACCAAUGGCGGCCCAGGCUCAGAAGAUCUGACCAGCCCCUUCCAGACUAAGGAGGCAUUUCUGGUGAGCCGAGAUGAGAAUCAGAACUACAGGGACUACAGCAUCUCCAGCCCCGCCUCCCUUUCUCCUGGGCCCUACCCGCCCUACUCCCCCGAGCCCCCCGCCAGCCCCGACGCCAAGCGGACCCCCGGCAGUGCCAAGAGUAUACAUCUGCGCCCAUGGUCUCCAGAGGACAGGAGUCAAGUAUUUGCCAGACCGCUCUCACAGGACUUUGUCUCUGUGGACUACAGGAGUAACUCAGUCUCCAGCAGGACCCCCACUCCACCUGGACGCUACUCUCCACACAGUCCCAUGGACCAGGAUCUGCCCCUGUCCCCCCGACGCAGCAGCUCCAGCUCCGACUUCGGCAUGCAGAAGUUUGACAAGGAGUCUGAGGUGUACAAGAUGAUCCAGGAGAACAAGGAGUCGCGCACGGCCCCUCGCCAGUCCAACACCUUCCGCAUGCUGCAGGAGGUCCUGGAGGCCGACGAGAAAGAGGCGGCGCUGAGGUUCCCUGGAAACCUGUCCGCCAACCCUCCGAAGCAGAGCCCCCCGGUGGGAGGUGUGAGCAAACACCACAGCUGUGAGAAGUGUGGCAGCAGCAUUGUCACGCAGGCGGUGCGCAUCGGCGACGACCGCUACCGCCACCACGACUGCUACACCUGCACCGAGUGCGGCCUGAACCUCCGCAUGAGGGGCCACUUCUGGGCCGGCGAGGAGAUGUUCUGCGAGAAGCACGCCAGGGAGAGGUACCAGGGCCCGGCCACGUCCCCCGGGACCACCGUCUCCCCGCAGCACUGAGAGGAGCGCCACUUCCUCCGCCUCCACAUGCCCCGCCUUCUUCUACGCCCUGGCGGUCCCACCUCCUCCCCAGGCUGUGGGGUGACAGACCCUGGGACUGGGGGAGGCGGGAGGGACACCUCCUCCUCCUCCUCCUCUUCCACCCGCCACUGGGUCCACCGUGUGUCUUCAACCUGUUCUGCCGUGACCCUGUCAGUCUUGACUUCCUGCCUGUCCUCAGAAUCGUACGAGAUUCUCCCGCCUGCGCGACCUGCCCCCCCAAGUCGUCUCAAACGGUGUACAUCAUGGGGUAGAUAGAUAUAUUUUUUGACUAAUGAUGCACGGAUGUCUCUAUUGUAAGAUGCGUCCUAUUACUAUACUCCAGCCACAUCUUGGACACCAAGCGGGACUGGUUCCUUGACGCUGUAAGAAUCUGAAUUGAUGAGAAAAUAAUCCAUUCUGAACCCCCUGCCCAUAUUUAAAAGGGACCAAAAAUGUGUAAAGUGAAAACUCCAUGCCAUUUAGAAAAGCUGAUGUGUCCAAGGAUGUUGACGUGUGUGUGUGUGUGUGUGUGUGUGUGUGUGUGUGUGUGUGUGUGUGUGUGUGUGUGUGUGUGUGUGUGUGUGUGUGUGUGUGUGUGUGUGUGUGUGUGUGUGUGUGUGGUGUGUGUGUGUGUGUGUGUGUGUGUGUGUGUGUGUGUGUGUGUGUGUGUGUGUGUGUGUGCGCGUGUGUGUGUGCGCGCGUGUGCGCACUGGUGUCUGCAUGCCUUUCAUUGCAUUUGGGAUUAUAUGCAUAAGAGUGCAUGGAAAUAUAAAUUUAUUUUUGUGUAAAGAGGCUGAUAGACUCAUGAAUUUGAGGUGCCUGCAUUGUUCAUAUCUUCUACUUCAUUGCAACGAAAAUAAUUUCUGUAAUCGCUUUGGUUUAUUGUACAUUUUCUUUUGUUAUGAAAAAAAAAUGAAAUAUUACUUAUUUGCAAAUACAUUGUGAGAUAUUUACACGGGACUAUGGAAUUAUGCAAUAUACAUAUUUUGAAUGUUUCUUAGAUUUCAUUGAACACUCCAUUAUAAACCAUUUCAAUCUAUAAUGUAUGCAGAAGGAUGGACUAUUAGAGAGGUGACUGCCUAUGUUAUGCUGUCUUGUUAAUGGCAAUACUCAGCUGUUUCCAACCAUAUCACACUUAAUAAAAUCACUCAGCACAAAGCGUGUUUCAUGAAAAGGGCUGGUAUUCCUGUUUUAUUUAAAGCAAAAUCCAAUAGACGUUGGUGUUUAUGGGCAGAAUGGGAGAAUUGGAGGGGAGUCUAAAGGAUGAGUCAUGAAACAACAAGGAAGUUGGCAUAUUUGUUUCCAUGGUGACUUAAUUGGGUCCUACUGUUCAAUCAAUACAAUAAAAAUGUGGUAAUACAAGAUUACAAACGCAUUGCCUCAUAAGCUUUCAGUGAAUGGCUUGAAGUCCAACCUGGAAACGACUGCUACAGGUAUUUUCUAUUCAAGUUGAUCAACAAUGUUUUGUGUUUUGCAUGCAAGUACAACAGCUGCAGGGACGUUUCCAGGCUUCACACGGAAAGCAGAGCGGUAUACGUCUGGUAAACACCCAUUGGCUUGCA